AUGUCUUCUGAUGAUGAUUAUAAUAGAAAGUUUAAUCUGCCAAUAACACCAAUAUCUGAGUUAAAGGAUCGCCCGUUUCCAAAAACUUCUGCAUGCCUAAUAAUUGGUGAUGAGAUACUUUAUGGAAAAACUGUUGAUACAAAUUCAGGAUAUUUUGGAAUUGAUUUGAAAAAAAUAGAGGUUAUUCCUGAUGACGAGCAAACGAUAAUUGAAGCCGUAAGAAGACUAAGCGAUAAUUUCGAUCUUGUAGUUACUAGUGGAGGAGUAGGUCCAACACAUGAUGAUAUAACAUACCCAACAAUUGCAAAAGCCUUUAAUCUCCAAUUAACACCUCAUCAACAAACACUGGAUCGUAUGAUGUAUGUUAAUUCUAACACGCCAUCUUCGAAAGCUAUGCCAACAGAAUUGUCACAAGAAGCAAUUAUUGCACGUAAUCGUAUGGCUUUAUUUCUUACACCAUCAUUAGUGGUCUAUCCGAGCCCAAAAUUAUGGGUACCAAUAAUAAUAGUAAAUAGUAAUAUUCAUGUGUUACCUGGUGUACCAAAAUUAUUUUGUGGGUUAUUGGAUGGAUAUCAAAAAUAUUUAAAAGUGGGAGAGAAAUUUUUUAGAUCUUUUGUUAAAACCUUUCAACCAGAAAGUUUUAUUGCUCCUAUAUUAACUGAAUUACAAGAAAAACACUCGGAUAUAAAGAUUGGCAGUUAUCCUAAAUGGAUUAGUGAUGAUAAUAGAUGGGUAAUUAUUAGUUUUAUAGUCAGAGAAAAAAAUAAAGAAAUUUUAAAGAGUGUAAUUGAUGAAGUUGUUGAAAAAGUUGAUGGAAUUAUUGUCGAGGAAGAUUUAGAUUGA